UCGGUCCGUCUCCUCUGGUAGGUUCCACAAUGGUACAGGCAGCAUCACGCUGCACAAUGGUUUCCAGGCAGUGAAAGAGGGUGAUUCAGCAAGCCACUCUUCUUCUUCUUUUCAAAAACAAAAACAAAAACAAAAACAACCCUCCCCUUCUUUUUUUUUUAUUUUUUAUUUUUUAUUUUUAUGGGGGUGGGUGGUGCUUGUUAUAUGCUUACCUUUUUUUCUUUUUUCAUUUUUACAAUUUUCCUUUUUUCUCCUCAGCCCUCAAUUCCUAGGGGCUUGAGUGACUUUAAGAUCGGGCUUUCUUGGAAAUCACCUGUCCAUCGUUAAUUUUAAACAAUUUCCCCCUCCAAAGAAUCUAUUGCUUAUUACAAUUUGGAAUGUGGUUAAUGAAAAACAAGUAGGGAGGAUUUCUGGGGCAAACACUGCUGGAUCAGGAUCGUAGUUCUCAAGCACGGAAUGGCUAGUGUGAGGAACACCAACGGCAGGACCAUCUCAGAUCUUCGUUAUGGCAACUCAUGCAAGAAGCUGUUGAAUUAGAAUCAUUUCCUAUAGAUGAGAAACCAUACAAGCAGUGGUAUUUAUGAGCCUCCAUUUAUUGUACUACUGCAGUGAACCAACCUUGGAUGUGAAAAUUGCCUUUUGUCAGGGAUUCGAUAAACAAGUGGAUGUGUCAUAUAUUGCCAAACAUUACAACAUGAGCAAAAGCAAAGUUGACAACCAGUUUUACAGUGUGGAAGUGGGAGACUCAACCUUCACAGUUCUCAAGCGCUACCAGAAUUUAAAGCCUAUUGGCUCUGGGGCUCAGGGAAUAGUUUGCGCUGCGUAUGAUGCUGUUCUUGACAGAAAUGUGGCCAUUAAGAAGCUCAGCAGACCCUUUCAGAACCAAACGCAUGCCAAGAGAGCUUACCGGGAGCUGGUCCUCAUGAAGUGUGUGAACCAUAAAAACAUUAUUAGUUUAUUAAAUGUCUUCACACCCCAGAAAACACUGGAGGAGUUUCAAGAUGUUUACUUAGUAAUGGAACUGAUGGAUGCCAACUUGUGUCAGGUGAUUCAGAUGGAAUUAGACCAUGAGCGAAUGUCUUACCUGCUAUACCAAAUGCUGUGUGGCAUCAAGCACCUUCACUCUGCUGGAAUUAUUCACAGGGAUUUAAAACCAAGUAAUAUUGUAGUCAAGUCUGAUUGUACAUUGAAAAUUCUUGACUUUGGACUGGCCAGGACGGCAGGCACAAGCUUCAUGAUGACUCCUUAUGUGGUUACACGUUAUUAUAGAGCCCCUGAGGUUAUUCUGGGCAUGGGCUACAAGGAGAACGUUGACAUGUGGUCAGUAGGGUGCAUCAUGGGAGAAAUGAUAAAAGGUGCAGUGCUGUUUCCUGGCACUGAUCAUAUUGACCAGUGGAACAAGGUAAUUGAACAACUAGGAACACCAUGUCCAGAAUUUAUGAAGAAAUUGCAACCUACGGUAAGAAAUUAUGUGGAGAAUCGGCCCAAGUAUGCAGGACUCACCUUCCCCAAGCUCUUCCCAGAUUCCCUCUUCCCAGCGGACUCUGAGCACAAUAAACUCAAAGCCAGCCAAGCCAGGGACUUAUUGUCAAAGAUGCUAGUGAUUGACCCUGCAAAAAGGAUAUCAGUGGAUGACGCCUUACAGCAUCCUUACAUCAAUGUCUGGUACGACCCUGCCGAAGUGGAGGCGCCUCCACCUCAGAUUUAUGACAAACAGUUGGAUGAAAGAGAGCACACCAUUGAAGAAUGGAAAGAACUUAUCUACAAGGAAGUAAUGAAUUCGGAAGAAAAGACUAAAAACGGUGUUGUAAAAGGACAACCUUCUCCUUCAGGUGCAGCAGUGAACAGCAGUGAGAGUCUCCCUCCAUCUUCGUCUGUCAACGACAUCUCCUCCAUGUCCACCGACCAGACCCUGGCCUCUGACACUGACAGCAGCCUGGAAGCCUCAGCAGGACCCCUGGGUUGUUGCAGGUGACUAGCCGCCUGCCUGCGAAACCCAGCGUUCUUCAGGAGAUGAUGUGAUGGAACACACACACACACACACACACACACACAGACACGCACACACACAAACGCAGACAUGCAACUACAAGAAAAUGGCAAGAGAGAGAAUCCAAGCCUAAAAUUGAAACCAGUCGUUCAGCCUGCUUCUUCUCCAGAGUUCUGUAUUGCAGCUAAGCUAAAUGUAUAUUUAACUUCUAGUUGCUCUAGCUUUGGUCUUCCUCCUAUGAUGCUUCCUCCAGAAAGCAACUCAAACACAACUAGAAAAGCCUUUUCCAUAAAGUGUAAUUUUAAUGGCUGCAAAACCAGCAACCUGUAAUUGCCCUUUCAAAUGGCAUGACAAGGUGUGCAGUGGCCCCAUCCAGCAUGUGUGUGUCUCUAUCUUGCAUCUACCUGCUCCUUUGGCUUAGUCAGAUGGAUGUAGAUACAGAUCCGCAUGUGUCUGUAUUCAUACAGCACUACUUACUUAGAGAUGCUACUGUCAGUGUCCUCAGGGCUCUACCAAGACAUCAUGCACUGGGGUACCAUACGGUCCAUUUCAUGUGAUCUAUUACUCUGACAUAAACCCAUCUGUAAUAUAUUGCCAGUAUAUAAGCUAUUUAGUUUGUUAAUUGAUUAAGCUGUAUGUCUUAUAAGAAAACAUGUAAAAGGGGGAAAAUAUGGGGGGAGUGAGCUCUCUCGGACCCUUGAAGAUGUAGCUUCCAAAUUUGAACUGAUUAAAUGGCACCUGUAUACCAAUUUGUAGAAAGAACAUAUGUGAUGCUUAUGUACAGUGUGGGGGCGGGAGAGGGUGACAGUUUCCAGGUACUAAAUGGUUUGGCCUUUAGAAGGAAUGUGGGAAUAAUAGCUGACGGUCUUUUCUCUGACAGUGAGCAGGUAGGAGGGUUUCCAGUGUAGCAUUGCAGUACGGAGGACUUCCUCAAGGAGAUCAUUACCCAGAUACUAGGAGACACCGGCAUCCAUAUUUUAGAGAGUAGACUUCAUUUGUCCCUUACAAAUUAUGUGUCACAACUGGAAAGAGAGUGGCAGGUGGUGAGGCAGGGUUACCGCAUCCAUAUCUGAUGGUAAGAAUCCCUCCCUGGAACACAGUGGAAUUGCCUCCAGAUGAUGUCCUUAAUAGGAAAUGAACCUACGUAGCCUAUUUUCAGAUUGUGGGUUGUGUUUUCCAUGAGUGUGCUACUUCCCAGGUUUAAACCCUGCCAUGAUUUUGUUUUAAAAAUAUUACUUUCCUCUUCUGGAAUUAAAAAAUAUUAAUUUCUUAAAAACAAACAAACCCAUAACAUGGGGUGAUCCUCAGGUCAGCAAUUGAAAACAUUUCCACAGACAUUACUAUUCCUCAGGGGUUUCCCUGACUUCUUAAUAUGGCGGAUGUUUCAUGUUUAUUUAUUUUCAUAAAGUCAAACAAUUGAAGAAGGGCUGAUAAAUCUGAGUUUUGUACCACAGUUGAUGUGACAGCAAUAACUCUACCCAUAAGUUACUGCUGCUAAAUAGCUUUAGCAAUAUGAGUUUGUCUUAAAAGCCAUGAAGCAUUUGUGUCAAUGUUUAGCAAAAUCACCUGAAUUAGCUCCAAUCAAAUGAAAGUGCUCUCCUGAGCACUUAAGAAGGCACUGUGAAACAUCUUGGUUAUAUACGAGGCAAUACCAGGGUGACUUCUCAGCAAUAACAGGGACCUGGUGGAGGCUUCCCUUCUUGUUCACUUUGGUGAAGUACCCAUCACAGCUAUUUGCACUCUGACCAUUUUGGUGCUCGCCAGUGUGGGGGUAUUUCACCUGAAGAAGAAGUGAAACACACAAAAUGGAUGGUUGAUGAGUGGGCUAUGACUGGCAAAAGAAUCCCUUCGAAAAUAGAGCAAACAAGAAUGCUGCGCUCUGAAAACUGCCUUAAAUACAACAAUAGGGAAGCUUUGUCUCUUUCAAGCAAUAGAGCCAACCCCCAUCAUCACCAUGAGAGCAAUGCUACCAUUUAUGAGAUUGCUUCGCAGUAGGAUGCGUGACAAGAGGUCAUUUGUUUAAAACGAGAGGAAAAAAAAAAAUAACAUUAGCCUGUGCAGCUUGUCCCCUGGAAUGAAAGUGUCCCAGCUUCUUUCUCUUGCUGCCAUUCUUUUUUGGUUAAUAUUGCCAACAACCCGAUUUUUAAGAUAACCUCUGCACUCACAUGGGCUCUCUCACUUCUCUUUCUGUCAUGCUUCCCACCCACCCACCCCCUUUAAAAAAAAAACUCUAAAUAGAUGAGAAUACCUUAUCCUGUACCUCCUUUCUCUGUAUUUUUCUCUUGCUAUACCUGUGUCCUUUCUAUGCCUGACUUUCUAACACUUGCGAUUAAGGGCAGGAAACAGGCAGCUGUUAGAAAGAAAGUAAAUCGCGAGGAUAAUUUCAUCAGCCACAGAAUGACAUCAAAAGCCAGAAGGAAAUCUCCAGCCAGCAUCUUAGAAGUUCUUGACAGUUAGGUUAUCUUUUAUAUGUGCAGAAGUGGUGAUUUUUUUUGCCCAUGCAGAUUAAACCAAGCAAGAACUAGGUAAUGCUCCCCUGCUAUUGCUAUCUUCCACUCUGCGAGCCUGAUCUCUCCCAUUGUAUGGCUCUUAGGAGCUGGUUACUUUUAGCCAGAUCUCCUUUAUACUCAAGAAAAAAUGGAAUAAAUCCCUCAGAUUGACAUAUCAUGGACAAUAAAGCAAAAAGUUUGACUUCUUGCCUGCUUAUAGAAUUAAUUUUACUAGGUUAUCAAAGCAAGAUAGGUAAUAGGACAACAGAGAAAAUCAUUUCAAAAGCUCACCAGCCCUUCACUAUCCUGGGUCCACUUUAUUAUAAUAUCUUCAGAGGUGAUUUUGUUAUUAUCAAAAUCUUAGAAUGUAUUAUGUUCUGCAGUGAGUCUUCUCUUUAAGAAACAAGUAUUUCCUCUAUAGUCAGCUAUUAAUUCCAAAGGACUUUCUUGCUUUUCACACUUGGAAGUAUCAAGUCACCUGGACUAUAUGACUGGGAGAAGGAAUGUCCUGCCUGUGGUUGGGGUUCCUUUAGGAAUGUGAAGUUGGCAGUCUGAGAGGCCUAACCUUUUCUCCAUCUAUGGGGCUGAUGGUUUCGCAGUGAUCCUUAAUGAAAUGUUUAGUAGUAUUUUGUGGGAGGGAUGGCUGUGCACCCACAUGCAGAAGGAAUGAAAUUCUUGGGAGAGCUUGGCAAAAUCACCACCACUUUGAAAUAUUUAUUUAGUUUUUGGUCAUCGUAUUCAUUUUUAAAAAGAGAUACAUUGGCCUUACAACCAAAUUUCUUCUUGUGGAAUAAGAACCACUGAUAAUCUUGCAUCUUCAAGAAUCUGAUGACUGAGCUUUGUAGGAAUGUAUACUUGGGUGGACCUGGUUCUGGCUAAUUCCCUCCAAUUGAAGCAAGCUAUUUAAUUGAGGGCUGAGGGAAUAGUUUUUUUCCCAAUCUGUUACCAUUAUUAGAAAAUAUUGCCUACGACUGCUGAUACCAGCUGACUGGGAAAUCAUAAAAUAGACCUCGACAAAGGGAAUAAGUGGAAUAGAUGAGAAUACACCAGUCCUUUUAUGACCUGCCAGAGGAAAACCAAGCAGAACCGACUUUUAAAUUUUAAAUAUUCAUUGUAAAAUCUAAAUUCUACAAAGCCUACUUCUAUUUAAUUCUCUUAACAUAUGAUAAUCAAAAUCUUAAAAACAUUAUGCUCGGUAAAGAAUGUUGUCAGCCGGCUUUGCUGAAAAAUUUAUCUUCUACAGCUUAGAGGAAGGAAUAAUAUUGUCCCAGCAAUCUUUGAUCCCCAUGACUUUGGAUCUGAAGAGAGACCCCCCACUUAUCACCCACAAGCUCCCCCCAAUAUUUUAAUUGUGAGUCCUACAUUUUCCACAGAUAAAAUUAAACCAAGCAGGGAUACUCCUUUCUGUAAAAACAACAAACAAGUUACAAUGUAAAUAAAUAUAUUAGUCAUUUUCCAUGUGACUAAAAUAUAAGAUUUUGUUAUCUGUUUUGGCACUUAGUUCUUUCUUUGUCUGAAAUGGUUCACUCUGACCCAUUUCCUUGGUCAGUCAAGCUGAAAUGGAAGGCCUCUGUUUGUAUGUGGACUCCUGUAUAUCUAACUUUUGAUUAUGUGGGACCAAUGGCCAGUAUAUUCUAAUGAAAACAAACCUCCCAACCCUUGUCUAGCAUUAAACUGUUCACCUUGCCAUGUUUAUCUUGCAACAAGACCUAUCUUGCACAUGCCUGUUAUUCUGCAUGAUUGGACUCAAAAGACUAUUACCAAUGAUAAGAAUUGUCCUGUGUCAGUGUUUAUAAAAUGGACUUAAAGCACACCCACAUUCAUAUACACAUCAUCCAGAUAGUUCUAGGUCAACCCUGGAAGGCAAAACCAUGCAUGCCCAGUUUCUUUGCAAGGUCUUAGUGGUGAGAACAAAAAGUCAGCCUGAUGGAUCAAAUGCAAUCUCAGUGAUGUUUAAUAAGGAUUUGAAAUUAUUUAAACCAUAUCUGUGUUCCUUCUCACUCUUUUUUUCAUUUCUGGUUUUUUUCCCUUUAUUUUCAAAAUGUCUGUGGAACAAGAGGGUGAGUGGGGGAGAACUUCGGCUUUUUUGGACUCUGUAGGUGGAUGCUGAGUCAAUGCAUUGUGAUUUCUGUUUCUUAUGAAUUAUUAAAAAACCAGAGCAAAUCUGCUUCCCUUAACAUGAAACCAAAUCCAAAUCCAAACUUUGUUGGAGUUUGCCUGUUGACAAUGGUUAUUGUGCUGUCUGUUGUCUUGAGUUUUAUGUCCUGACAGGAGCUUGAAGCAUCUCACAUGAUUUCAUAGUGUCAUCUGAUUACGCCAGGGAAUAAAUAAGAAAUGACGAAUGA